AUGUCCACCGCAGCUUCCUCCACCGCCGCAGCCCCGCAGCUCUCCGAGCAACAGGCGACACAGCGCUUUCAGGCGCUGCGCAGCGAAAUGACGGGCAUUGCGCAGAAGAUUGGCGAAAUUGAGAGCGAGGGCGAGGAGCACCGCGCCGUGGUGGACACGCUGAAGGCUGCGCAGAAGGUGGACCCGACACGGAAAUGCUUCCGCCUCAUCGGCGGCGUGCUGGUGGAGCGCAGCGUGGCCGAUGUGGUGCCGGCGCUCGAGGCGAACUUGACCAGCCUCAGACAGGUGCUGGAGAGCUUGGUGGCGCAGUACAAGGGCAAGGAGGAGCAGAUUGCGGCGCUGCAGAAGCAGCUCAGCAGUGCGGCAUGA